AUGACCCCUUCCGACGACACGAAAUAUACAAACGAAGCAUCAAAGAAAACGAUUGUCUUCCUCCACCCCGACCUAGGCAUAGGUGGCGCCGAACGUUUGGUAGUCGACGCAGCAGUUGGCCUGCAACAGCGCGGCCAUCGCGUGAUUGCCGUUUUGACGGGGGAGCUGAGGGGGCUGAAGCCGGAUGUGUUUUUUGUGGAUCAGCUAAGUGCCGGGCUGCCUCUUCUCAAGCUCCUGACUGGGAAGCCGAUCUUUUUCUACUGCCAUUUUCCGGACCUGUUGCUCGUUCAAAAUAGAAGGAGCUUGCUGAAGAGGCUGUACAGAUUGCCCUUCGACAAGUGGGAAGAGUGGAGUAUGGGAUGGGCGGAUACGAUUGCGGUGAAUUCGGGGUUUACGGCGGGGGUUGUCGGACAGACCUGGCCGAGGCUGGUCAGACAAAAAAAGCUGGAGGUUGUCUAUCCGUGUAUUGACACCGCUUCUAUACCCGCCUCAGAGGGGGAGGAGAACCCCUGGCCGGGGGUGAAGUUUUUGCUGUCCCUUAACCGCUUCGAGCGCAAAAAGAACGUGGCCCUUGCCCUGCGCGCCUUCGCCGCCCUCUCACCCGACGUUCGAAAGAACGCGAAGCUGGUCAUCGCGGGGGGUUAUGACCCCCGCGUGCGGGAGAAUGUGGCCCAUCACGAGGAACUCGCCACCCUAGCCACAGAACUGGGUCUCUCCCACACGACAGUGUACCGGCCCUCCACCCCUACCGACGUCCCCCUUUCCUCCAUCUCCCCCGACGUUCUGUUUUUGUGUUCCGUCUCAACCGACAAACUGAAAGACCUCCUCCUCCGCCACUCCCUUUUAUUAUUGUACACCCCUUCGAACGAGCACUUCGGCAUUGUCCCUCUCGAGUCCAUGCUCCGACGGACCCCCGUCCUGGCUUGCAACGAUGGCGGGCCGACGGAGACUGUUGUUGACGGAGAAACGGGGUGGUUGAGGGAUGCGGGGGAUGUGCGUGCUUGGAGAGGGGUUGUUGAGUCUGUGCUGGGGAUGAGUGAGAGUGAGGUGAAGGGGAUGGGCAGGAGGGGAGAGGAGAGGGUUAGGGAGAGGUUUGGGAGGGGGGUGUUGGGGAGUCUCUCGGCUUCUUCGCUGGGACCAGGGCUGAGGCGUUUGGUGGUCAUCUUCCCCUGA